AUCCACUUAAAGAGCCAGGCGGAUGUAAUAUCAUGGGCUACACCGGGUAACUUAGUGCUAAUGUCUCACUGUUAAUUUGUAAAAGUGCACGGCGGAGUUCUUCUCUCUGCUUCCGUUACCAUAAAUUAGGUGAAAUUAUCAAUAUAUUUUUUCAAUUCUUCCCACGAGAAAAGACGCAACUCCUGCACCAAAAAACACAACUGAGCUGUCAUCACGUCGCUGUGAGGUUUAUCGGUGGGGUUGCACACAGAGUGAGCUGGUGACCUCGCUGACAUAGACACGCGCUCACUUCAGGACCAUGAGCAUGGCACUGGCCUGGCUCCAGUCUCACCUGCCCUAUGCUAACCCAACCAAUAUCACCACUAUAAAGCAUCAGCACGCUUCCAGCAAAGGUUGCUGAACAGGACUGUGUGGAGAGACAUGCUGUCCGGGACUUGGCGGCGUUCUGUGGGGCACCAGCAGCCUGCUGCAGCGCCCGUGGUGGCCUCCAGGGGUUUGACAGUGUGUGGGGUUCCCAGUGGCACGGUGGUCCUUGAGGCCCAGUAUGACUACAACUACCGCGGUGCUGAUGGACGUCAGGUCUGCAUUAGGGAGGGUGAACGGUUUAUUCUCCUGAAAAAGACCAACACUGACUGGUGGCAGGUGCGGAGGAUUGGAGCAGCCAGUAAAACAAAGCCGUUGUAUGUCCCCGCCACGUAUGUGACAGAGGUGCCCAUUGCACCGAUGCCCUCGCCACAGCGCCUGGUCAUGUCUGCCUCACUGAACUCCAACCUCAGGAUACUGCCAAGGCUGUCACUCAGUCCCAGCCCAAUAGGGACUUCCUAUAAUGAACAGCAUCAAGUGAACAAAUUCAUCUACCACUCCAUGGAAAACCUCAGUUCCAACAGUGCCUUAAAGGGGCAGGACAACAGCACAAGCUCAGGUGGAAGCCGCUUCACCACCCUGCCCCUCUCUGGAUUCACCUUUACCCGCAACUCUCCCACCUCCCCGUCAGGCCACCUCAUGGUCCCCGGGUCACCCGUGACUUCCACGACGCAAACUGCACCACAAAACCCCAGGGCGGUCCCCAUGAUCACUCGGAGCCAGAGCUCCAGCAACCUGCCUGAAAACCUGAUGGAGAACCCGUAUGAUGAGGUGGGUGGCGGCUUCAGCAGUCGUGUCAACCACAGAAUUCCCAAGAAGUCUUGUAGCCAGUGGGAUAUGGUGGGAGCUUCCAGCACCAACCAUUUGCAGGUCCCAACAGAGUCCUAUUUAUCCCAGCUGUCCUGGCAAGACUCCCCUCUUUACAAUAAAAUGCAGCCAGACAAACGGCUGUUGCAGCCGGAGCCACCUAGCCCUGACCCAGGUCAGCAGCCUCUUCGGAUCAAAGACCUGUGGGAGCAGUACUUGGACCCGUCCACAGGAAGAAGCUACUACAUCAACAGCAUCACCAAGGAGAGGUCCUGGAAACCCCCUCGCCGGGCCCGUGGACGCACCACCAACAUGGCCGGUCCAGGACAACCUCAGACGUUACCCAGAGGAACCAAUCUGUCGUUACCACUUUCUGAAGCUGGCAAUGGAACUGUGCACAGGCUGUCACCUGACUUUCUCUUUGAGAGCCACCAGAGGAAUACUGACAGUGGCUGGCAGAUGAAACAGAGCAUGCAGCGUGCCGCCUCUUCUGACACCCUCAGCACGAUGGCGUUCAGCAGUGCCAAUGCCCAGUUCCAUAACUCUGGCCCCCUGCAUGAUGUCAAGCAGCAGCUCAGCUACUCCCAAUCUAUGAUCCUGCCUGAGAACGGCAAGCUGGUCCAGCAGUGCAAAGAUUACUCCUGUAACAUGACCAACAUCGUCGUGGAGCCUCCGUCUCCCGAGAGCUCUCCGGACAGCGAUGGUUGCACACCAGAGUUGGAGAAAGCCGGCCUCCUGAACAAGACAAAGAUCGCCGAGGGAGGUCGGAAACUGAGGAAAAAUUGGAGCCCUUCCUGGGUGGUGUUGGUCGGGAAUAGUCUGGUUUUCUUCAAAGAUCCUAAAUCACAGACACCUUCCAGCUGGAAACCAGGAAACAGUCGCCCUGAGAGCAGUGUGGAUUUAAGAGGAGCACAGCUGCACUGGGCCAACGAGCUGUCCAGCAAGAAGAACGUCUUCAAACUGAGGACUGUGACAGGCAACGAGUUCCUGCUGCAGUCGGAGACAGACUCUCUGAUCAAAGAGUGGUACAGCACCAUACAGAACGUCAUCGACAGGCUGGACCGUGAAAACCCAAUAGACAACGUCCUUCUGUACUCUCUGAGGCGAGCGGGCAGUGUGGAGAUGCUGGACCACAGUGGAGACGAGGAUGAGAGGAGAAUGUCGUUCCCUCGCUCGUCGUCCAACCUGGAAAACACAGAGAGGAAGAGAGUGAAGACUCGGCUGAAGAAGCUGAUCCUAAAGAGACCUCCUCUGCAGACGCUGCAGGAGAAAGGGCUCAUUAAAGAUCAGGUGUUUGGCUGUCGUCUGGAGAUGCUCUGCGAGAGAGAGAAGAGCACCGUCCCUCGCUUUGUCAGACUUUGUACUGAGGCUGUGGAGAGGAGAGGACUGGAGACUGACGGUAUCUACAGAGUGUCAGGGAACCUCGCAGUGAUUCAGAAACUACGCUUCCUGGUGGAUCACGAGCGAGCGGUGACUACUGACGGCCGUUACAUGUUCCCAGCGGAGUUGGUACAAGAGGAGAAGCUGAAUUUGGAUGACAGUGAUUGGGAGGACAUUCAUGUCAUCACAGGAGCUUUGAAACUUUUCUUCCGCGAGCUUCCCGAGCCCCUGGUGCCCUUCGGCUUCUUCACCGACAUCGUGGAGACAGUCAAGAUGUCGGACUACAUGGACAAAGUGGAUCGUUUGAAGUGUCUGGUGCUUAACAUGCCUCCUCCAAACCAUGACACACUGCAGUUCAUGUGCCGCCAUCUCAAACGAGUGCUGGAAUUCUCAGACACCAACCGAAUGACCACCCAGAACAUCGGUAUCGUGUUUGGACCGACCCUGAUGCGCCCGGAGCGGGACAAUGGCAACAUGGCGGUGAAUAUGAUUUACCAGAACCAGGCGGUGGAGCUCAUCCUCAGCGAGUUUGACCACAUCUUUGGAACUAGAGGCCCCUCUUGAACUUUUCGGACAGAGGGGGUUCAGAAGGCUCCCCCAGACGAAAGCACAAGUAGUGCAGCGUUUGUCCUCUUUGCCUGUUGACUCAUGUGGUGUAAAAAUGGAUUUCACAUCAAAAGAUAAUUAUGGGGUAAAAAGAACCAGGACAGAAAGCUGCUAAUCAUGACAUCUGGCUUCCAUAUAAAGCCACGUUAAAACAAUAAUAGUAAAACAAACCAAUUUUAGCUGCAGUACUUGUGUCUUUGACUGCAGAUGUGGAGCCCAACCUCGGUGUUCUUUUCUCCCGGAACAGACACCUCUUUGUCACUUUUCCUUGAUGUUUCAGACUUGAUCGGGAUAAAUAAAAGCCAUAAAAGUGAUAAAUCUCCUCCAGCUGGUCCAGCUAGCUGAGUAUUAAUCAGAAAUUUAUGAAAGAAGGAUUUGUCUUAACGGAGCACUGAAAGCAAACUUAGCAGAACCAUCUCACUGUGAAAACACAUGCACCAGCACCUCUUGCAGCAAGGAUGGACAGAUUCCACCUGCAAUGAACAGCAUAGAUAUACUGUUAAAAUAUGCAAACAAGCAGGAAGCAAGCUGUUGUUGGGCGUGUGAAUGUGCCCACAUCUCCGCUGAACAGUGUUUAGAUGAAGAGCUUUAUAGGUUGAAGACUUCAAACAGGGUUUAACGGGGAACUCUUCAAAGAUAAAAGCAUGAUUUCAGUGAUGGGAUGGAUGAGCCACCAGGGCAGCAAAUGUUCCUUUGUACCAAAUAGUACUUUGUCAUGUGUGGACCUUCUUCCCUUAUUGUACAAAUUUGGAUCUGUCUUCUAUUUUUAUUAAUGCAGACUCCUCAGAUUAAGUUAAAAAUAUUACAUUGUAAAUAUGUGAAAUACUGUCUUUGUCAACUAGUAGCACUUUGCAUACAGUGUGUAACCUAAACAUCAUAUAUUAGCCAAAUUCAAAAUGAUACAUUUGCUUUGAAAUGGACAGUGUCAUUAAUAUAUUGCUUUGACCUGAUUGCUAACACCCCUGCAAUAAUUAAAAAAGAGUGAACAAACUGA